UCGUACUCGUAUUACGAGUCCCCGUACGCAGAACGUCGGCCGUUGUUUGCUCCGAGCCAAGGGCUGGGCUACCAUCCGCCCUACUAUCACAGCAUGGUAACAACACAACCAAUACCAGGUCCGAGCUUAGCCAAUGGACCCGCCUAUCCUCCAGGAGUACAACCUCAUCGGAAUCCUUUCGCCGUGCAAAGACCACCACAGACUUCUCCUGAUGAAUCGGAAGAGGACGGUAUCAAUUGCUCGCCAUGUUGUGACGACGAAAAUGUCAGGUGA